AGUCAGAGCCAGUUAUGGCAGAUCGAGCUUGCUCGUGUUUUGAUAGUCAAUUCAAUAUUGACAGCCGACCGAAAAAUAAGAAGGCAAAAAGCCUCUCAAGCGAUAUUUGUAAACAAUUUUAUAAUUUUGCAGAAAAGUGAUCAAUCAACAAAAUAAAAAUACUGUUUUAAGUGGUGUUCAACAAGUAGGCAAAUUUAGUAGCCGAUAGCUGUUUGUUUGCAAGCAAGCCCAAGCGUUUAAAAUACACAUAAACAAACCAAGAACGAAGCGUUUGCGAGCUUAGUCAAAGAAUAGCAUUAUUUUUGGUAGAAUUUUUCUGGGUGCAUAUUGUCUUGUUUAUAAAUAGAGAAGAAUCAUUAGAAGAGAAUCACAUUAACAUCAGAAUUGUAGAUCUACUGUUUACGGUGCCCAAAUAAUAAAAAUAAAAACAAUUUGUUUAUAAUUUAGCUUACUGGAACAUCAUUCGUUGCUAAAAGUGUUUGGAAUAUUAGUGGAAUGGCAUCGAGGGCAACCGGUACAAAUUCCCAUAAAAUAUGUCGGCUCUGUAUGAGCGCGAAGUCGCUGGAGGAUAUUUACAAACAUGGUCAACUUCAUAAAUGGAUUACAAAUUUUCUCUCCAUAAAGAUUUCGAAUAAAGACUCUAUGAGCCAAUCUAUUUGUGCUGCAUGUCGAAAACGAUUGAUAGAAUUCCAUAAAUAUUGGAAACGUUGUAAAGAAGUACAAGGAAUACUGCAAGCCAAGGUACGAGAGGAAGAUGUUCGACAGGAAACAGAGCAAGCGAAAUGUGAAGUGUGCGAUAAGGUUUUCAAAUCAAAGAAACUUUUAAAUGAUCACAAAAGGUAUCACGGACCUAAGGAACAUGCAUGCCCAAGCUGUGGAAAAUCGUUUGUAAGGCGACAUGAGUUGAACAAACACGUAAAAGUUCAUGCGAGAGGACUGAAAAUUAAGCCAAAACAUACGUCGAAAGAAAAGUCAAUUUCAGUGCUAAACAACUCGAGUUUAAAGACUAAACCUGUCGAAACAGACGAUUUGUCAAGUGAAACACAUUCACGUUUGGAAGAAUCAAAAAUGGGCGCUCAAACAGAUACAUUUUCUGAAAAUUGCAAUGAUUUUGAUCUACAACAAACUCAAGUGAAACUGGAGUUAGUCCCGGUCAGUUUACCUAUCUUGGAUGUCCAAGAAGAAGCUAUGGAUAACAGAAGAUACGAAGAUGAGCAUAAAUUUGCAAUAGAGGAUAUAAUUGUGAUCGAGGAAGUGAAAAUAGAAACCCGUCCGGAUGAAAAUGAGGAAUUCUGUAAUAACGAGACUUUGGCAGCCGUAAAGGAAACUGACGAAAACAAAACUGAAAUCCAUUCAAAACAGGAAAGCGAGGAACAUUUAGUCAUAAAUGAUAUAAUUGUGGUCGAGGAAGUGAAAAUAGAAACUCGUCCUGAUGACAAUGAAGAAUUAUCUACUAACGAGAAUUUGGAUACUGUGAAGGAAGUUGAUGAAGACAAGUCCAUCGACAAAAAUGAGAGCAAUGCAAAACAUAAGUCCACAUCUGAAGAUGCUGUUGACAAUGAUGAUACAAGUAGUAAAGUUAAAACUGCUGAUGACAUUAAUAAUAGUGUCGAUCAAGCUGUUUCAACCGAACACAUUGGAAAUAGAUAUGCAUGUUCAAAAUGUGAUCGAACAUUCAAUCGACAAUGUCAAUUGAAAAAUCAUAUGGAUAACCAUGAUAUAACAGAAGGAUCGACUGACGUGAAUGAUGAAGAUUUAAGUACUGCUGAAGAUGUAGAUUUAGACUACAGCACACCUGCCACUGAUAUUGCUGAACCGAUUCAACCAAAAAGAAAUAUCAAGAGCACCAACAAAGGACCAUUCCAGUGUGACAUAUGUCAGAAGGUAGUUUCGGAUAAAAGAAAAUUAAAAGACCACAAAAGGUGUCAUAAAUCAAAAGAUCAUGUUUGUACCAUUUGCGAAAGGCCUUUCUUGAGACGACCUGCCAUGCUAAGGCAUAUGGAGACGCAUACAUCUCGACCUAAAUAUCAGCGAGCGAAGCCAGUAAUAGAAGGGCCAAUUCAGUGCGAUAUUUGCCAAAAAGAGUUUAAGAGCAAAAGCAUUCUGUAUGGUCAUAAGUUGAAAGUGCAUGGACCUAAAAAACAUGAGUGCAACAUAUGCGGCUCCAGAUUCUCCGAUCGGUUUACGUUGAAAAUGCACUUCAAGGCACACGUUCGAUCUCGCGAUAGUGAAGAGGAUUUUCGACUAUUCAAACAAAUGAUGAAAACCGACAAUACGAAAGAAGCUGACGGUAAAACAGAGAAUGAGCAAAAUUCAACUGAGCACACUAAGCAUAAACAUGAAGGUUCUUUGAAAGAUUGUGGAAAAUGCAAAAAGGUAUUCAAAACUCAAAGGGAAUGGUUGCACUACAAACUUAAUCAUGUUCCGAAGAAUCGCCUUUAUUGCUCUUUGUGUAGCUUGGUAUUUGUAACAAGAUAUCGAUUGGAGCUCCAUAUGUUGAAACAUAAGCAAGAGAAUGACAGCUCUCAAACUGCAACUUCUUCAAGUCUGAGUGUGGCCGAUGCAGUCAAGGGUAUCGAUCAAAGUACGAUUAGUUCGGAACAAAAUUCAACAUCUGUUGCUCUAACAGUUCAGAUGGACAAAGAUGUUGGCAAACCGCUGCCAUUCCAGUGCAACAUAUGUCAAAAGAUAUAUCAAACCAGACUUAAACUGUAUUUACACCACAGAGCAGUACAUGGGCCAAAAAAUCACAACUGUGUUAUUUGCACAGUUCGCUUUGCCACGCGACUAGAGCUGAAAAAGCAUUUAUGUACAAAGCAGCACAUUAGGAAACUACAAGAAACACUUGGGAAUAACGAGACUACCAUCGAGAAAAAUGGUUCGGAAAAAGAUCAGGGCAGCAAUUUACUUCCACUGACAACAGAAGUUACCGAACAACAAGAAGUACAGUGUGAUGUAUGCCAUAAAUUUUAUCCAAAUAAGUGGAGAUUACAUAACCACAAAAGAUAUCAUGGACCAAAAGUUCACAAGUGCACCAUUUGCGAGAAAGCAUUCGCCAUACGAGAAAUAUUAAUGAAACACAUGCGAACACAUAGACCAGAUAAUGAACGCAAGCGGGCCAGACCAGCAUUGGAGGGUGAGCCGAUCAAAUGUGAUGUAUGCCAAAAGGAAUUCAGGACAAGGGCAACAUUAUGGAGUCAUAACAAAAGAGCCCACGGACCAAAAAAACAUGAAUGUCACAUUUGUGGUUUUAGAUAUACAACAAGUUAUGUACUGAGAAAGCAUAUAGAAAUGCAUGCUCGUCAUCGUGACAGUGCAGAGGAAUAUCAGUCCUUAAAACAAAUGCAGCAAAAAGGCAAAUCAUCACUAUCGAAUGAAAAUAUGAACAACGAAAGCAGCGAAGCAGAGGAAAAAUCUACAGCUCCUACGCAGAAGCAAAUACCCGCAGAUCCUCCAACAGAGUGUUGGAAAUGUCAUAAGAAGUUCAAAAAUCAAAAACAACUUGGACUGCAUUACAAAUUCAAACAUGUGUCCAAAAACAUUCGAAAGUGCACUUUGUGUAACAAAUAUGUUACAAAGAUUCGAUUUGAAAAACAUAUGCUUACAAAACACAAGGAUGAAUAUGCUGUCCAUCAAUCCCCAACGUGCGAUAUAUGCAAUGCAGUUUUUCCUACCCUAGAUCAGAUGGCGAAACACAUGGAAAUUCACGGACCGAAAAAAUAUAACUGCGCGAUUUGCGAAAAAUCAUUCAAAACAUCGAGACUUUUAUUGAAACAUUUGAAAUUUCAUGAAACGAACACGGGUGAUAAGCAAGAAAAUAACCAAGAGACGCCUUAACUACAUUAUAGGAAUAUGACGCGAAAAUAUUAAUUAGUGGCAGUAUUGGUUGAAAAAUUGAUAUGUCCAUAAUCAUACCCACUGUGAAAUGUUUCAUAUAGAACCCAACAACAUUAUUCUAAUACGAAUGAAAAUAUCCAAUUUGAAUGAACUCUUCAACCGAUAGAGGAUGACCUGAUAAUUUCUGGCAAGAAUGAAUGUUAACAAAUAUUUUUUUAAAAACAAAUAUAACUUGCAUAUAUUACGAUAAUUUGAAUGCAAUAAACUAUCUUACGCAUUACGUAA